AUGAGUGAUCGGAAUCCCAAGGAUUUGAUCACCUUCAAGAGGGACCAGCUGCAGCUGGCGAGCUCCGAAGAGGCCACUAACACGAGCGCGAACCCGGUCAAAGACAACACCGGGCAGCUGCGCUUCGUGGAGUCAAUGAACUUCCCCACCCUGGACUUCCCCUCGGACCACGCCAUUGUAGCAGCCAUGCUGGAGCACAAGACUUGA